GUGCAGCGUGCUCCUAAUUAAGCCAAAUCGAUGCUACUUGUCGUUUGCUUGUAGUUCAGAAGGUGAAUUCAACGACGUAGACGUACAGAGCGAACAGAGCCAUGUUUUGCUGUUUAAAUAAAUUACCAGUCCCUCUACAGGUAGUAAACUAACGACUUUGUUCAGCUUAGAUAUCGAGUUAUUUUCUCCUAAUAACUGAAAACAGAAAUGGAGCAGGGUUUGGUCACGUGGAUGUCGCCUUGAGGUUAAUGUGGGAGACACAAUUAUAGUUAUUUAGUGCAAAUUUCUUCUUUUUUAAGGGGCUUUUCACUCAGUUCUUGGAAGUGAAGUGAAAAUCAGCCAAACAUGUUCCUUUUUAGAUCUGCAUGGGAAUGUGCCUUCACCAGGAUAUCACAGAAGAGAGUAAAAAGGCCAAACUGCAGAGCUCCAGGAUAGAGCAAGACCUCUGUGAACAUGCCAAGACUGAGAUGAAUGUGGUGAAAAUCCUCCUGCUUGGUAGGUUAAAGUGCAACAGUAUGAACACCUUAUCAUGUCAAUUCAGUUUUGACCCUUUGAAGGGAAACUUUCACUUGGUUUGUGUUAUAGGGGCUGCAGAGAGCGGGAAGAGCACCCUGAUCAAACAGAUAAAGAUCAUCUACAGUGGCUUCUCUAAACAGGAGCUCAUCAGUUUCAAGGUAUUUUUAGGAAUCUUGACACAUUAAGACUACUACUAUAUUUCUUGCAUACAAACAGGAUAAAUGUCUCAUUUCCUCUCCAGCCUGCAGUCCUGGACAACCUGCUGAUCUCCAUGAAGUUUGUCCUGCAAGGAAUGGGGAUACUGAGGAUUAACCUCGCAAACAAGAACAACAAGGUAAGACAAGAUGAGUAUUAGUCUGGAGUAGGACUGGACGAUGUAUCAAUAUAAGAAAUAUCGAUAUAUUUUUAAAUGAGAUAUUUGUAAUUGGACUGUCUUUUCUUUUUUCUUUUAUCUCUUUUACCUCCUUCUUAUUUAGACUUAUUGUCCUUUUAGCCUUUGUUUUACUUAUAAUCUUUUCUUAUUUAACAUUUUAGGCCUUUUAUUUUAUUUAUUUAUUUAUUUUUUAUUAUUUAUUUUAUUUGUUUUUAUUUUAUUUUAUGUAUUUCUAUUUUAUUUUAUUUUAUUUUAUUAUUUUUUCGUCUUUUUAAGUCUAAUAGCCUGUUUCCGGUGACAUGUCAUAUUUGGCUUUGACCGUGACUAAACAUUUGCUUUCACUUUGCAAAAACAAUAUCAGGAUAUAUAUCGUAUAUCGAUAUUCAGCCUAAAUAUAUUGGGAUAUGACUUUUGGUCCAUAUCGCCCAGCCCUAGUCUGGAGGAAAAUGUAAGGUAUGAGGGGUGAGAUGCAAAAAAAUGCAUAUAUUUCUUUGUCCAUCUGUCUUGAAGUGAAAAAGUCACCAGUUAAUAUCAUAAUUUUCUUACAUGCCUGAAAAAUAAGUAUUAGUAGUGAUGAAAAAGUCCAUGAAUGCUGUAUUUUAUUGCAGCCCCUCAUUACACCACUAGGUGUCAGCCUUCAUCUUUGGCUGGGAGGUCAUAAAUUCAGAUAGUUGAUUAUUCUUACUCCAGAAGGUCCAUCAUUUUUGUUUUGGCAGGCAGCACAAUCUGCAUUAUGUUACUUUAAGUGAAAAGUGAGUUAAAUUUGCACUUUUUACAUUUUCGUCUGCAGAAACACGCCCGCUCCGUCCUGUCCUGCAGUCAGUGUCUGGGAGACGACCACGAGCUGCUUCCCUUUGUGGCUCACGCUUUCUGCGCGCUGUGGUCCGACCAAGGCGUGCGAGCAGCCGCAUCCAGAGGUUACGAGUUUGAACUGAACGACUCGGCUCUAUAGUAAGUAGAAUCCCCUCAAGUGACCUGUCAUGAACCAAUUAUGACUGACAGUGCAAAUGUCAGGGGGAAAUUGCCCAGAUAGGAGUAGUAGUGUCGUCGCAUCUUUUCAGUGCUGAGCAGCAGUAAAGGCAGGGCCGGGAAUAGAUGUGCGCGACAGGAAAUGAUUCCCGUGACAUUUUUUUAAAUGGGAGCCUUAAUUAGGAGCAGUGUUUGCUGAUAUCCAGGAGAGUAAUGAGGGUGGAGAAGAUGAAACAGCCAUGAUUAAAGGGGCGGUUUUCUUGUUUGGCGAGUAUAAAAAGCACAGCAGCAUCAUGUGUAAACUGCCCGUUAUAGAAAGUCACAAAGAGGAUUUUUAAAAAUUCUCAGUGCCAGUUUUGCACAUACAUAUUGCCAUGAUGCGUAUCUCUGAGAGGGGCAUAUCGGAUUUAUGAACGGCAAAGCUGUCCUUCAGCAGCCGCAACCUUUCAAUUGUUCGACCUAAAAAAAAAAAGUUUUUUUAGCGCCCUGCAGCCUCUAGCACGACCCUCCACAUAGAUGACUGUUCGAGUGUGUGACGCAUUAUCAGCUGAAGUGUACAUCCUUAAAUGGAGUGUGUGUAACAUUGCAGUACUGCUCUGUUCUGCACUCUUGAUUAAAUGCCAACUCUAUAAAGUGUAAUCAUUUCAUGCACAAAAAGCACAACACAUACUGAAGCUGUAAAAGGAUAACCAUUUUUCAAAUCCUCUAUAAAUACUAGGGGUGGGAGAAAAAUCGAUUCACAUAAGUGUCGGGAUUUUUUAUUUUUUUGUUGGAUUUUUUAAAUUUUUACUAAAGUUUUUGUUAAAAAAAAUCGAUUUUGAGACUGCAAAUGGGGUGACGCAACUCAAGGAAGAACAUUUAUGAUCAUUUCUUUAUAAUUUCCUUGAAGUAAUAAUCAUCAUAUUAAUCAUUUUGCACUGCAGACGCGGUAGUUCCUCUGCCUUAGCGUCUCGGUCUGAUUGCAUUUCCAUGAAGAAAUGAUAACUUAAUUUUAUGCCGGAAUGUCCCUUUAAGGCUGUACCCAAAAAGAGUGAUCCCUGGGUCUCUUUAAAGCAAUUUGGAUCGAAUUUGAUAAUGUGAAGGGCUACCUGGAUUACUCUGAUAGCUGCAGCAUCUCCAAAUACCAGAAAUGAUGUAAAGUAACCCUUGUUGCUAAGUCUUUUAUUUUGAAAGGGUGUUCAAGUCCUGAUCUCAUUGGCGACAGGGGGCAGGGAGCAAAUAUGUCGAGUUAAAGCAGGGCUGGCUGGGAGAGAUGAAGAUGUGAAAGCUUCAUUAUCAGAGCUGGAUUGGAGCUGCAGGACUGUUCCACACACACUCAGACGACUCUCUUUCAACCCUUUUUCUCACUGUACUGGACCACACAUUGAUUUCUCUCUCCAGAAAUAUUGGAUCAGACUGGUUCUUGACACACCUGGACCUGAGGGCACCUGGGUGUGUAAAAUGACUUGUCAGACAUUUGUCUUGGCAUGAAGUGGCCUGUUAAUGUCGCUGGAAGUAAUUUGUAGUCUCAGCAGGUGGACUGGCGUGUGUUUAGAUCAAUUCUUAUCAUGACUGGAUUUAUUCAGUUCAAAUUCAUACUUGCAGCAGAACAUUUAACUACAGUUAUUGGAGCGAAAGAGCAAAAGAUUCAGCAAAAAGCUCUUCUCACCUGUUUAUUUCAAAACCUUUUUUUUUGUUGCUCAAAAUUUGUAAGGCUCAAAUAAUGUCAAAUAUGGCAUGUGUGAACACGAGCGCUAAUGUUCACACGGGGUCAUGGUGAGCAGAUUUCAGUACUGAGCAGAAACAUUUCACCUAAACUCACCAUGAUCAAGUAAAAGGGAGGGAUGACACUUGCUGUAAAAUACAGAAUACUUGUCGCUCUCACAAAAUUUGUAAGGCUCAAAUAAUGUCAAAUACGAAGGGUUAUAUAUCAUUUGAUAAAUGCAAAGUCAUAUUCCAGUGAGCCUUUGAAAAAUGCAGAAUAUACUUUUAUUAUUUACUCUUAAGCUGCGAUCACAAAUGCUGUAAAGUUCGGAAAAAUAUCAAUUUUUUUUUGUGUGUGAACACGAGCAAACAAAUGGUUCAAAUCCCAGAGCAGAAACAUUUCACCUAAACUCACCAUGAGCAAAUGACAGGGAGGGGAUGAUACUUACCAUAAAAUAUUAAAUACUCGCCGCUUUGUUCAGACUUAUCCUCCCCAGAACAUGAAGCUGUUUUUUGCUUACCUGCUGCUGAUUACAUGCUACUUCAACGCCAAAAUGAAUUUGUAUUACAUUCGCCCCAGAACAUCUUCUUCCCAAAUCUUCAAACUUGCAGAUUUGUUUUUUUCUGCGUCGAGUCACGGCCCAAAGUUUGCUCAGACCUCGUCAUCCUAAGUCAAAUCACAUUUAGCCGCACUGUGAAGAUACAAUUUAGUUCAAAGUGCUUAAAAUCAUUAAAACAAGCUGUUAAAAAUCAAAGCAAGAUAGUAAAGGCAGACGGUUUAAUUAUGACAGUUUAAAAAUAGAAGUAUAAAACCUGUAUCUUGGAAAUUAAAUGGGAAAAAUAGGGACUGACUGCUGUAAACGAGUGAGUCUUCAACUUUGUUUGCAAACUGGACGUCUUCUGGUAGUUUAUUUCAGAGAUUUGGAGCAUAAACUCCAAACGUUGCUUCUCUAUAUUUGGUUCUGACUCUCGGGGGCAGAAAUCAGACCAGCACCAGAAAACCUGAGCAGUCUGAACUCGAAGAUUAUUGAUGUUUUUGGACAUAAACCCCAGAACACAGAAGUGAGAAAAGCGUCUCAUCUCAAAAUGUUGCGGUGUACAGUUGGUUUGGGAACAAACCGAAUCAGUGAGGCAACUUUGGGAUUUCUCUUUAGUUUUAUGCUGGUAAACUCUCCAUGUAAGGAGCAAAUGUAAGGGCUGCAUUUGUGUAAUACAAACUUACUGUCAUCUAACGAUCGCUUUCAAACAUCCUCUGAAGAGAUUUAUGCGCAUAAACGCAGCAACCAAGCCGCUCACGGACAUCGUCCUCUGAGAGGAUUUCGUUCUGGCGUCUCAGGUUGCAGGUUGGACUGAAACAGUUCCUGCAGGCUACAUAACCUCUGACCUCAGGAUCUGGAGAUUUUAGAAAUGUGAAGUGAUGUUACAGAAGAAGUGGAGAAUAAAUAACUGAAAAUCAGUGCAGAAGAACCUGAUACAUCAUCUUGUUUUGUUCUUUAAAUCCCUCCACAUUGACCAAACCUGAUGCUGAGAGUGUUCACUGUGCCUCCGGCCUCCAUUCACAUACUGUACACGUCCAGAGGUGUUGUAUGAGUAAACUUAUUUUACUUCUGGCCUUUAGCCUCAAGUCGGGAUGGAAACCAAGCGAGAUUUUAUCAUACUUCACUCAAAUCCCUCUACAGUCAGACUUGAACACUUUUUUCCAAUUUGCUGAGGAACCCUCUGUGAGUAAACAUUCAAAAAAGGAAACCAGACACACGAAAGACUAGAAACAGUUUGAAUUACCUGCAUUUAUCCAUCUAUAUGAGCUAUAGAGACAAGGGUCAUGCAUUUGCAACAUUUGUUAAACCAGAUGAAGCCCAAUCUGACCGCCAAUCGUGUGAUCCGUGGCCUUUUUUUCUUUUUUUUUUCUUUCUUUGAAGUGAAAUGUGAUCGACAAAAGACCUUGUAUUAAAAAAGAACAGUACACUCUGUUAUUCCGGAUUAUUUCAGAUGCUGAAGAGACACAAGUACUGAGUGAAACAUGCUGAACUGUACAGCUAGUGUGCUCAUUAUUUAUUGAUAAACUUGUCCGUGAAUUAUUGGUGUCAGAUUCAAAAGUAAAAUCAUAAAAAUGGACAUUUACCUGCAUAAUUAAUGGUUUGAAAUGUCAGAUGUCACACGUUGGUGAAUUCCCUCUUUUUUUCCCCCUCUUUAGUUUCUUUGAGAGCAUGAAUCGAAUCAUCGCUCCCAAAUACGUCCCCACCGAGAUGGAUGUCCUCAGAGUGAGGGUGAGGACCUGUGGCAUCAUCGAGACGCAGUUUCAACUAAAUGAAAUGAUCCUUCGGUAAGAUUCGUCUCAAUGUGCCAUUUCUACCACACACACAGAUGGGCGUGUAUGUAUAAAGAACAGUAAAUUAGUUUAAUACGUCACAUUUAAAGCACGGUGGAGGAAAAAGACGUCAUCUUUCACUUUGAUGGUUCGAGACAUUAAAAAUUCUGAACAUGCACGGUUUUAUUAAAACAGUAUUUCACCUUCCUCCAUGGAAACUGCUUCUAUCUUCCAAUUUGAAUGUAAAAAUCAUGAGAAGUGAAAAAUUAGACAUAUUAUGGUUAAAACACCAAUAAAGACAUCCUGAGAAUUGAAUGUGUGUAGAUAAGAUCAGUGCUUUCACACAUGUGCUCCAAUAUGUAAAAAAAACAGACUCUGAAAAGUAUUAAAAUUCAGUGUGUAGAACAUGUUUAGUAAGUAUUUUGUGAAUGAGUGUAUGUUUUAAAGUGGUACCUGCAGAUGUGUCUUUAAAAGGACACACCAACAGGUAAAGUGGGGUCGCAGGCAAGUAGAUUUCUGAUCCAAUUCGGCUUAAUCGGAAAGAAAUUAUAUUCCGAUCAAGAGGGGUGGUUUAUGCCGAUCGUUGUUCCAAAACGUGUCCAUGUCCAACACUUAUUCCGAUCAUGACUCUCUCCCAUUAUUAAUACUCUGGCAUAAAACUCAACCGCAGGUGUCGUGUCUGUUCCUCCGAUAACAUAACAAGGCGUAAAUACAGCGUAAUGAUGUCACAUCUGCACGCACAGUGCAACCUUUGACAGAACGGUAAAAUAAAUAUGCAAGGGCACCAUCUAGUGACAAGAUUUAACAGAGGGAAAACUCCUGAACUGGAUGGAGUGAACCACUACCGUGUUUGUUGACAGCACAGGCGUAAAUACAACUCUUCAUCUUCUGCGGUUGUUUUAGCGAAAUCAGACAGCUCUGCAUAUGUCCGAAUGCUUCUAAUCUGAAUAAAACUUCAUGAUCAGAUUAUUUGAUUUUGCACCUAUAUAAACAGUGGACUCAGAUUAUCCAAUCCCUCAAAAUUUUCAUCGGAUCAAGAAAUUUUGUCCAUGUAAACACAGCUAGUGUUGCAGUUUUCACACGCACUAAACUCCAACAUUUCUUCUGCAGCUUUCAGGAUGAGCUGCAUUUGUGCAAAGCGGAAUUUUCCAACUUCUCUGGCUUUUUUGCACCUCGCCCCCUUCUAAAUGUACACAAGUUAAGUGAACUAACGUGCAAAAGCAGCAGGAAAAUGUCAGGAAAACUCGCAUUGAGGGCAACAGGUGGCGUCUUUCUGCACAUAAUGAAUAAAAUGAAUGUUGUGCAAAUAAGCGUCAGGCUAAAACGAAACAGCAGUACAGUAAACCUGCAAUCAAGAGACCAUUGAGGACUCCUGGACUGAAAAGUUCUUCUUCCUCAGAGUUCCUGUCGCACGUGCUGCUGUCCUGUAUAUCACCUCAUUGAAAACCUCACCAACAUUUGAAGGAUCUCUCACCACGACCCCGAGAAGCAGCCACCAGGGCCGUGACUCAGACAUGAAAUAUUGAUGGCUUUGCAUCCUAAGUUAUUCCAGGGACAAUAACGCACAUGUGGAGAAGGCGUAGCGAUGAAUCAUUGAAACCCUGUGCAACCGCGUCCCUUUCAACUUUUCUUUCCGGAACAUUCGUGGCCUCUCCAUGCGCUGUGACGGCAUGAAAACAGUAUCCUAUACACCCAGAAUUUAUAAAUACUAUAUGUGCUGUGGCUUCUGUGCAGGUUGAACUUCAGCAACAUGUUUCACUUUAUUACAAAACUUAGAAUCUGGCAACUUAAUGACUCUCUGCCAAAUAAAUUUCCUCGACGCACAUAAUAACAAGACAAAUAUCAACAUCUGUCUUAUCUCUGUUAAAAUCCUGUAUUUCCUUUUGAGUUUGCAGCUUUUUAUCAAGCUAAGGUGGGCUCUUUCUCUCCCUCCUCUUCUGCAAAAACAAAAAAGCUCCUCUCUCUGUCAUGUGUGGCGAAUUUUCUCCCGUGCAGAGCAGGAGCUACCUCCGUCAAACGCCACAGUUAGCGUUUAUUGUCCUCCAGCUUGUUACAACUGCCUCUUGACCCAGGGGAGAAACGCUUCGUCGCCUCUGACAUGAGUACCGCAAUCAUGCACCUGGAAACCGUCUGGCCCCGAAUUGGAACUUAUUACCUGUGUCACCAAGGCCCUGGGCUACACUUAGAGCCAGUUUGUAUUUUGGAGAAAGAUUGCCUCUAUAUUAGAAAUGGGUUUGUUUUGUUAUAUUGUAAUGUAGUUUUCUUAAAUCAAGUUUAUUUCCACUCCCCUCUUUUUACAGUAUAAUUUAUGAUAAAUGGUUUUAUUCGUUCGACAGGUUGUACGAUGUCGGGGGCCAGCGGAGCGAGAGGAGAAAGUGGCUGAGCUGCUUUGACUGUAUUCAGGCUGUUUUGUUCGUUGUGGCUCUCAGCAGCUACGAUGUGACGCCGGUGGAGGACCCUUCAGUGGUAGGACUGACCGAUUAGAAAGCACACAUUUUUUUUACUCAGCAGUUUUUGUUUUAAAAGUCGGACUUUUAUUCUCAUAUUUUUUUGUCUUUUAUUAGAAUCGGCUGCAGGAAAGUCUUGAACUUUUUCAAUCCAUCUGCACCAACUUAGUUUUUCAAAGAGUAUCACUGGUGAGUCUGUUUAGAAAGCAAUGAUGAACAUAUAAGGUCUUUAUCUUUAUUGUUUUCAGCUCACUGAGAUUUCUCUCUUCACUUAUUUGUGGUUGGUUGUGAUUCAGAGUCCAGGCAGGCUGUCAGUUUUCCCUGAGCAGGAACAGUUUCUGUACUAAAGUGGUAAACACAGAAAUGCACACGAGUUAGAGACGUCUCUUCACUCCAUCGCUCUGUUUACCAGGAUCUGAACUGUUGCAUUCAAGGACAGGCUGGCUGAGAGUUUUCACAUUUUUGAUCCCUCGGUAAUGAAGUAAAGGAAAUGUUCAGUGUUCUUUCUGUCAGUAAAUAUAUUUACAGGAGUUUUUAUUCCAAUAGAUUUUUUUGUUUUUCUGUCAAACUUCCACCAACGAGCUAUCAAUCUAGUCAUCUCUUAAAAGGAUUUUUUAAAAUUUAUUAUUUAUUCUUUCUUUGUUUCCUUCCUCCCUUCUUUCCUUCCUCCCUCCCUUCUUUUAUUCAUUCCAUUUCCUUUCUUCCUUCCUCCCUCCCUUCCUUCCUUGUUUUCUUCCUUUUUUUCCUUCCUUCCCUGUUUCCUUUUUAGUUUCUUUCCUUUCUUCAUUGAUUGAUGUCUUUCUUUCUUUCCUUCCUUCCUUCCUUCCUAUGAAACUAUGAUUCGAUUCAACUAUAAGUCAUCUAUUAAAAGGAUUUAAUUUAUUUUUCUUUCUUUCCUUCCUUCCUUCCUUCCUUCCUUUAUUUCUUUCCUUUCUCUUUUUCUUGUUUUCUUUCUUUUCUUACUUCUUACUUUCUUGUUGCAUUUUUUUUUUCACUUUCUCCCCUGUUUCCUUUUUUGUUAUCUGUCCUGUCUUCAUUGAUUGAUUGAUUGAUUGAUUUCUGUCUUUCUUUCUUUCUUUCUGUUCCAUCGUCUUAUAUUUUAGAAUAAUGAAUUAAAAUUUCUUUUGGUUUCCAGAUUUUUUUCUGAAGUGAACACUUCCAUACAAUAAAAUUUGAUAGCACAAAAUUCUGAUUGGAAUCCACACAGCUAUGGUCACAGUAGACGAUGUUUUUAUUUUUUUACUUUUUAUUUAAACCAAUAAUAUGAUGAUGACUUUCUAAUAAAUUAAGCUACUUGAUAUAAUCAAUUGAAAAAAAAUAAAAUAAAAGAUAUUCUGUCUGAAUGUAAUUCUCUUACGGAGGAUUUUGCAGCUUUUUUUUGUGAAUCGACACUUUAAUAAGUCCAGAGAUAGAAAACCACAGCCUGUGCAUUUCUGCAGAGCAAAUCGCCUCUGCUCUGUGUCCCCCUGUGAGUGGAUCAAUUCGAUUCGGAUAAAUUCAGUUAUUUUUGGCUGCUGUGUUUUUUUUUUUACAACAGCUAACAUUAGGUCAUUUUGUCCACUCGCUCCUCUGUGGCUGUGAUUCAUUUCAGAUCCAUGAGUCAUGAACAAACUUCACCAGAAGGCGUCCACUUUUUAACGCUUUUAUCGUGAACUUUUUUCUCUCUGCUGCAGAUUCUGCUAAUGAACAAAACUGACCUCUUCAAGGAGAAGAUCCUUCACUCUGGGAGACACUUGAGAUUUUAUCUUCCAGGUUAUAAAGGUAAUGUUGGAGAGGGUCUGCUCUGGCCCCACAUUCAUCUUACUGCAAUACCUGUUGACCGGUGCCAGAAGUUGGUCGAGUCCAUGUACCACAGAUGUGAAGCGGUUAUCAGUAACCAUGGUUAUGCAACUAAAUAUUAGUUUAGGAUUCUCAGGAAAGUUAAAUCUUCAAGCAUUUCUUAGUUUAUACAGACAUUUUUGAGUUUGUAAAGAAAGAUAUCAACACCGCUAUUUUUUUUUUACAUUUUAUUUCUUAAUUUUCUUCUUUUUCCAAUUUUCUUUUUUUGAAAUAGAAUGUGCAGUGUCCCCAAUGCAUUUGUUUCCAUUAAAAUACAAUUUAUUUGAAGAAUUUUAAGGUUUACUCACCUUUUUAAACACACUGCUAUUAUUAUGAACAUAACUGUAUAUUUGCUGUUUUGUUUGCAAUCACAUUUUUCAGUAUGAGGCAGUUUAUGGGAAGUAAAGAAAUUCGAUAUUUUUCCACAAUCUGAAAUCCCUACAGAAAUUGUUUGCGUGUGUCUCUGCACGGUUUUGCCGCAGAGGUCGCUGAGUCCCAUCUGUCUGUUGGAUAAUCAAAAGUCCUUCAAUCCAGACACAGUCCUCUGUUUGUGUGUGAAGCAUGCUUUCUGGUUGGCUCAUGGUCACACAUACAGUAUUUGAAAAACUGCAAAGAAAGUGCAACCCAGUGUCACUUGUUAUUCUAGUAUGAAGAAGAAAAACUGGAGUCCAUAUCCUCAUGGGAAGUCGGUGUCGUGGUUUGUCAAUAAGUAAUGACUCGUUUCUUCUUCCUUCCUCUCGACAGGAGCAGAUUGUGACGCGGUUGCUGCAGCUCACCACAUUACCGCCAUGUUCUCGUCGAGUAUCAGCAACCCCGACAAACCCGUGUACCACCACUACACCACCGCCACAGACACCAACAACGUACAGGUGGUCUUCAACAUGGUGGGGGAGCUAAUGAUCAAGGAGAACCUGGAGGCUGUGGAGCUGCUGUAGAAGUCUGCGGACGACCUUUACAUUUUUAACGUAAACAGUUUUGUUUCUGCCUUUUUUAAUGAUGAGGUAAAAUAGUGUAUGAACCGCACUUUUUACAGUUUAUUUUAUAAUAAUGUAAAUAAAUUAAUUAUUCAUGA